AUGGGCCCUCCAACUGUGGAAACUCAAGCGUGGUCAGUGGCUGACCUCCUCACACCAAGCACAUCCUCUUGGAACAUUGAUCGUCUCAACAGAGUGCUACCAGCAUAUAAAGAUGACAUCCUAAAGCUUAAAGCUAGCAAGAAAGGCGCCCCAGACAAGUGGGCAUGGCUACCAUCAACUGAUGGGCAAUACUCCACCAAAGCAGGUUACCAUGUAAGUCAAUCAAACGAACAGUGUCCAACUCCCUCAGGUAGUUCCCCGCAUCCUGACAGCUUUAACUUGCAAAAGAAUAUUUGGAGUAUUAAGGCAUCACAAAAAGUUAAACUCCUGAUGUGGAAAAUUGUACAACAAGCCAUUCCAGUGGGAAGCAACCUUACUCACUGUAAUAUCUCGGGGAAUGUUAAUUGCCCGCAUUGUACCAAGAUCGAGUCUGAGCUCCAUAUGUUCUUCACUUGCCCUUUCGCGACUCAAGUCUGGGAUUUGGCCCCCUUCAGUAUCGAUUUCGUCCCACAACUGAUAACAUCAACCACUGAAGGCAUAAAGACAGUAAAUCAGUUGGUUUGCCUACCACCUACUGGCGUUGGCGGUGGUCCCUUGGCUCCAUGGAUUCUCUGGGUUCUAUGGACUUCUCGCAACAAGCUCCUGUUUAAUAAGAAACAGAUCCUACCGGAAUAA